CGUCCUCACAGUUCAGUUCACGAUCGGCACGCCACCCACGAUGAAUCGCUAUCGAACCACGAGUGCGUCUAGUCAGGGCACGCCCCCACCCGUACGCGCAAACUCCGCACAACCGCCUAGCAGCCAGACGUCGCCACGCCGCCGCUGGAGCACAGGGACUCCGCCGUGCACGCCCGGCAUGCACCGCACGCCCGCCGCCCAGCUGCCGACGAUGCUGCCCCCUAUCAUGGACUCGAACAAGCUGCCGUACCACCAGGUGGCGCUGCCGGGGAGUCCGACGAAGCCGCUGCAGGCGGCGUUCUGCCGCGGCGUGCAUCACGUGAACACGAUGCCCGCCAAUCUCAUGGACUACCAACUAUCUGGUCAGCAGCAGCAGCAGCAGCAGCAGCAUCCGGGGGCGAUCGAUCCCGACGACGCGGGGUAUGAGAGCGGACCGGGUAACUGUAAACGAUCGAGCAGCGGCAGCCGUCUGUCCGACCACCUGCUCAGGACCGCGUUCAACUCUGCGAAUGUUCCAGGGCAGUCCGCAGUCACGUCGUGA